CUUUAGUAAAGGAACCUACCAACUAUAUACGAAGAAGAUGAAUAGUACAGAAGAACAAGAAAGAAACGAGAAGGAAAUAGAAGACCUUGCGAUUAUUUUGUUUUGGAUAGAGCGUCCGUUUCUCGUCAUACUUCUCCUCUACUCCAGUUUCGUCUCAGUUCUGAUCGGCCUUCUGCUUCUCGUUACUACUCUUCUAGCCAUAAUUUUCUUCCUAUUAUGCCCUCGACUCUCUUCUACUGGACCCUCUGGUAUCGGUGGAUUCUGGCUGUUUCUAUCAGACCGGUUCAUGUUUCUAUUGGCUUUAAGCUCUCAUGAGACCAUACUCGUUUGGCUUCUCACCGUUUUUAUCUCCAUCGUGAACCACUCUGUUUACAUUAUCGAGUACAUUGUUAGAUCUUAUAAAUCUCAUCAUACCAUAUCACUUCCUCCUCAUUCCCCCGAAGUAAGAAGGAAUGAUGAGGAAGGAGAUGAGAUCAAGGAACUUGAGAAGAUGGGGAAGUUAUUAGAAGAGUUAAGAGAAGAUGGAAAGAAGAUGGAUAUAGAAAUAGAGCUUAUCCAGCAAACUAUCCACUCAGAUCUUGAGAAACACAGAAAAACUUUGUCUUUGAACCUCUUAGAGUUACGUGAAGAGUUGGGAGAUGAUGGAGAAAAGAUGGGGACAUAUAUGGAGCUGAUUAAGAACUUCGUUAACUCAGAGCUUGUAACUCCAAGAGGCGACUUGAACCUCAAUAUUAAUAAUGAUAUACGGGAAGAUGUAUCAGAUGAGGAGGAUAUCAAAGCUUGGAGAGUAAAACUGAAAUCUGUAGCUGAAGAAGUUCAUGAGACCUACUUUGUUAUCCAAGAAACUGCAAAGGCGGCGAAAACAACAGCUGACAGGGCCAAUCUAACCUACAUGAUUGUGGACGAAAUUUCAAAAGAAAUGGAAACUAUGAGUGGGAUGAUAAAAGAAGAAGCCCUUGAGAUGUUUAUAAAGUCAAGAGAAGAAGUUUGGGAAACGUGGUUGGACUUCGAAGCUAGAAAAACAGAAGCGGAGGUUGCUGCGGACAGAGCUGCGGAGGAGCUUUCAUAUGCAAUGGUGGAGUUGAUGGACGCAGUCAACAUCCGUCCGUGGGAGGGUUACCGAACUGGCUAACAGUGUGCAUGGUUUGCAUGCCUCUCUAAUUAUAUUUCAAUCUCUUUAUUUUUGUUGUUAGAUGAGUUUCAUUUUUAAUUCUUUUU